AUGCUUACUGUAAACUACCUUGUCAGUCUCCUCACAGCAGUGCAAGAAAGAGAGAGAGAGAAUUAACCAAGUUUCACAAUGACAGAUUAUUCCACCAAUAUGCGGAUGAGACUGCCGGUGGUUUGUAUUGUGUUGGAGGUCAUCCUCAUCAUCCUCUUUGGCAUCCUUGUGGAGUAUGACGGUCACACUGAUGCCAAGAAGUGGCACAACAACAAAACAAAUGACAUGGAGAACGAUUUCUACUACCGUUAUCCCAGUUUCCAGGAUGUACACGUGAUGAUUUUCAUUGGCUUUGGGUUCCUCAUGACAUUUCUGCAGCGUUAUGGCUUCAGUAGCGUUGGCUUUAACUUCCUCAUCGCAGCCUUUUCUCUGCAAUGGGCAACAAUCAUGCAAGGCGUCCUUCAUGGCUUACAUCAUGGCAAGAUCCAUGUUGGAGUGUUGAACAUGAUCAAUGCAGACUUCUGCACUGGCUCUGUGCUGAUCUCAUUUGGGGCUGUGUUGGGCAAGACAAGCCCAAUCCAGAUGCUGGUAAUGGCCAUAUUUGAGGUUACAUUGUUUGCCGUAAAUGAGUACAUCCUUAUCGUACAUCUUGGAGCAAGAGAUGCUGGAGGAUCCAUGACCAUCCACACAUUUGGAGCAUACUUUGGACUCAUGGUGACGCGUGUGCUGUACAGGCCCAACCUAAGCAAAAGCAAGGAUAGGAACUGCUCUGUGUAUCAUUCUGACAUCUUUGCCAUGAUAGGAACCAUCUACCUGUGGAUGUUCUGGCCCAGCUUUAACUCGGCCAUCACGGCUCUAGGAGAUGUCCAGCAUCGUACUGCACUGAACACAUACUACUCACUGGCUGCCUGCACACUAGCCACAUACGGUUUCUCUGCUCUUGUCAACCACGAAGGAAAACUUGACAUGGUGCACAUUCAGAACGCUGCACUGGCAGGUGGUGUUGCUGUAGGAACUGCUGGUGAAAUGAUGCUGACUCCAUUUGGUUCCAUGAUAGUGGGAUUCCUGGCUGGAACAAUCUCCGUGCUAGGGUACAAGUACCUCUCACCUAUUCUGGAGUCAAAGCUGAAGAUUCAAGAUACAUGUGGUGUUCAUAACCUCCAUGGCAUGCCAGGAGUCCUGGGAGCAAUUGUUGGCGCCAUCACUGCUGCAGCAGCAAGCUCUUCUAUAUAUGGCCAAGGGAUUGUAGAUGUGUUUCCUGAUAUCAAUGAUGAACAUACUGCAUCCCAACAGGCUUUAAUGCAAAUCGCAUCGCUGGCUGUCACCCUGGGUUUUGCCCUUUUGGGUGGGCUUAUUGUUGGAUUCAUUUUAAAACUGCCUAUUUAUGGAGCCCCACCUGACACUCUCUGCUUUGAGGAUUCAAUCUACUGGGAGAUGCCAGGAGAAGAGGAGAGCCAUGGAGAACUGACUACUGUGAAAACACCCGAGGAGACAGAAAAACUCAAUUAAAUUACAUGACUGCUUUUGUGAGUGAGUGCUUGUCAAUAUACAUAUGUGUGUGCCUUACAUGCCAAAACAUGCAGGAUAUACACUCAAGCUGAAUAUCAUCGCAACAUUGUCUGUGGUCCACUCAAAACGUAUAAUUUUUACAAAGACUUUGUUUUUUAGAAUGUUGUGUAAAUGUGUGCGGUUACAACAAAUCAAGGCAGAGGAAUGUAAACGUUUUUGCUUAUUGGAAUAUAUCAUUAAAUAAAAAUGUAAACAAAUGUGUUUACUGUAAAAACUAA